AUGCAAAAUAACUUCUUUGCGCUCCAAAGAGUUCUGGAAGAAUUGGGGGUGCAGUAUGAGUCUCCAUACGGCAGGAAACACAUCCCCGAAAGCGGGAAAAAGAUACUCCAAAAAGAUUACUCGUAUUUUCUCGAUGAGCUCGUCAAUCGGCCAGAGAACACCCCGUUCAUCCAUGAUUACGAUGAAGUCUCUCCCGUGCUAGCAAUAGAAGAGGUGGAAGAGCUCGUCAGAUGCUUUGAAGUGCAGAUGAAAAUGGAGAAAGCAGAAACAGUGGUGAAAAGCGCGCUGAAAAAUGUUGCAGAUACUCGGCCAGCAAAGUGUGCAAACUGCACGCUAAUGAAAGAUAAGCCAGCACCCGCAGAGUCCUCUGUCGAUAAACAAAAAGAGUCGGCAUUUUCCACUGCAAAAGAUCUCCUGCCUCCAGAAGUCAGCAAAACUUUGCCGAAAAAAACACAAGCAGAGAACAGUAAAGAGGAUGAAAUUGACAAGGUAUCGAACGUGGAAAAAAAGUUCCUUGAAAUAAUAAGAAAUGAAGUGCUAUCGCCAAAAGACAAAGUGGAGUGGGAUGACAUCGCCGGUGUUCCCCAGAUAAAAACCGCAAUAAAAGAGAUAGUUGUGUGGCCUAUGAUACGGCCAGACAUAUUCAAGGGGCUGAGAGGCCCGCCAAAGGCCCUCCUCUUAUUUGGGCCGCCUGGAACAGGAAAGACCAUGAUAGGAAAGUGCAUUGCAAGCCAGUCAAAAUCAACAUUCUUUUCGAUCAGCGCAUCCUCGCUUACGUCAAAAUGGGUGGGAGAAGGAGAAAAGAUGGUGCGCGCUUUGUUUUCCGUUGCGACAGAAAUGGCGCCCUCAGUUAUUUUCAUAGACGAGAUAGAUUCGCUCCUCAUGCAAAGAACAGAAGGGGAGAAUGAAAGCACGCGGCGCAUAAAGACAGAGUUCCUUAUCCAAAUGGACGGAGCAAAACAAAGCAAAGACAAUGUGUUGGUGAUUGGAGCAACCAACAGGCCGCAGGAGAUAGACGAAGCUGCACGAAGAAGAUUUGUAAAAAGACUGUAUGUUCCACUUCCCAAUAAGGAAGGAAGAAAAGAAAUGAUCAAAAAAAUAGCGAAAGACAUAUGCAUGCUGUCCGCAGAGGAAAUAGAGACUUUAUCCGAUGUCCUGGAAGGGUACUCUGGGUCAGAUAUCUACAACCUGUGCAGAGAAGCAGCCAUGGAGCCUGUACGAGAAAUAACCGAGCUGGAAAAUCUGCACACAAUCCGCGGAAUCCACAUGAAAGAUUUCCUCUCUGCCAUGAACCACAUAAGAAAGAGUGUGUCGCAGAAAGAGCUUAUUUUCUAUGAAGAGUGGAAUAAAGAGUUCGGUGUUCUCACAAAGUAA